CGCAAUUGACCUUGUACGUCACUUUCUGCUUACGGCUGCUUACGUUGUGAAUUCACAGACGAACCUACCGAUCUUCAAGCACAAAGAGUUUGUGUGCAGAAGACGAUAUAGCGACUUCGAAUGGCUUAAGACUGAGUUGGAGCGAGAAGGCAAAAUUGUUGUGCCACCUUUGCCCACUAAGGCAAUCUCAAAGCAAAUUAAUUUCUGGACUAAAGACGAUGGUAUCUUUGAUGACGACUUCGUUGAGAAGCGCAAGAAUGCUUUAGAGGUGUUUAUAAACAAGAUUGCCGGACACCCGUUGGCUCAGAAUGAACGAUGUCUGCAUAUGUUUUUACAAGAAAAAGCUAUCAACAAAAACUACACCCCCGGCAAAGUACGUGUUUGAAAGAUCAGCUUUAAUCACAACAUUAAAAGUCAAAUUUCAAGGAAGAAAUACCAUGGUAUGCUUUCGAGUCUGCCCCUGUGGUCGACAGAAGUGGAGGCGCCUAGUAUUUUUAUGAGUAGUUAAGUCGGGUACAAAUGCAUCGCAAGGUGCCAUAGUGGAGACACCUAUGCAUACGCUGGGGAAUAGUAUUAUGCGGAGUGGUGCGGGCGUGUAUGACUGUCAGUUAUUUGCUAUGCACGUGGGGCGAUCGAUGACCUCCACGGAGAAUGAAUCUUCAGUCUCGAACGGGAAAUGUGUUAGAAGACUUUGAGAUAAAGCUUAACCAUUCCUGUGCUUGUUCAACCACUUCUUAUGGAGAAUUUUGAUGUUAGAUGGCAUCCGUUACAGACCAUUGUCGGGACUGUCAUCAGUAAGUGAAGAGGCAACGUAAAAUUUUAAUUCAC